AAGACAAAGUGUAACAAGGCAGCACCUUCAUGUUCGCGCUGCAUUACCAAAGGCAUCAUCUGCGAACCCCGAUCGACUCGCCGUACCUCUGUAAAUAUCCAUCAUUCAAACACACGGAAAACAUCUCAUUCACUAGUAAAGAAUCACUCUCUGGGUGCUCUCUCACGGGUUGAUGGACCAGAUUCAUCUCAACACCUACCACCUGUGGGCAGCAAUGGAGAUGCGCGACGCAUGUCAUGCAAUUCCCAAAGUGUCUUAGAAUCGGAUUUACAAACCGUAUCACUCCCUAUACAUGCCGAAUCUGCUUCCAUUCCGAUGGAUGCACCAUACAUCAUUGACGAGAGCCAGCUGUACAUGAAAGAUCCUGAGCGAAUCAUGGCUGGCUUGGAUCAGGCGAUGUGGACAAGCAGCAUCUCUAGUCUAGGUGGCCUCUCGCCGCCUACGCCUGAGCCUCUGGUGUUCCACGAGCCUGCAACUAUGAUUCACUUUGCGGACGACAUUUCAUGUCCGCAGACAUGGUACCAAGAGAUAUCAGCGUCGAUUGAACAUGGAUUCGGCUCGUCGUUCAGCGACAUAACCCCAUCACAAAUGUUAGCUAUGCGAGACGACGCAAGUACGGUGCCUUUCACGCCAUCAGCACCAUGGCCAGAUUCCGACUAUGCACUGUUGCUUCCACAAACCUCGUCGGAGCCGACAUCUUUUUACAAUACCAUUGGUUGCUACUCUGGUAAUCAGGUGUU